AUGACGCAGCUCUGGGCGGGCUGGAACGGCGUCGACGAGGCGACGGAGCCGCAGCCGGUGGACGCGCCGUUCGUCGUUCGCGCGCUGCGAGAAGCCGCAGCGGAGUUGUUGUGUGGUGGGCUUUCUACCCAACCUCCUAUGGGCAAACACACCGCGGAGUUAUCGGCGCCGCGCUCGGGAGACGCGGCCAACGCGAAAAACGAGCUCGCGGCGAUCGUGACCCCCAUCGCCGGGCAGCCGCAUGGCAAGGGUUUGACGCUGUUGCUGUCGUCGAGCGCGUCGCCGUUCCCGGAGCGCGCCGCGCACCUCGCGUCGUUCGGCGCGCAGGCUGCGCUCGUCGCCGGGUCGCCGUACUACCAGCUCCUCGUGGGUCUGAUUCUCGGGUACGACGCGAAGAACAUCGACGCGCACGUGACGGAGAAAGGGGGCAGGUUGACGGCCGCGGUGACGAGGGCGGCGGCGGAGGAUUUGGCGGCGGUGUCGCCGGCGGCGGCGACGACGCCGUGGCGCGACGGGUUCGCGGCGCUCGACGUCGAAUCGCUCGCGAGCGACGACGCGGUCGCGGUCGCGGUGGCGGAAGCGGACGAGGCGGGCGGCGGCGGGAAGGGCGGACGGAGGGGGCGGAAGAAGAAGAAGGGGCGGCGGGGGAGCGAACGCAGCGUCGAGGACCUGGAGUCGAUGUUCGGCGGCAAGGGCGGUCGAAAAAGAUAG